AUGAGGUUCCACCCGACUAAUGAGGAACUACUGGUGUGGUACCUGAAAAGGAAAAAUAGAGAGCAACCUUUAGGUUGCGAGGCAAUCAAAGAAAUUGAUUUCUACGCAUACGAGCCAUGGGAACUACCAAAUAUGUCACCAAUUGACAAUGGGGAAAAUGCAUGGUUCUUUUUUGUACAAAGAGGAGAAGAGCGUAACAGAUUGACGCGUAAUGGCCAAUGGAAAGUAUCAGGUGCGGCUACAAAUGUGUUUCGCUUGGGAGAAAUUGUAGGAGAAGUCAAAAGCUUGUCGUACAAGUGGCUUCAUAAAGAAAAAACUUUGUGGAGGAUGAAAGAGUACCACCUUAGAGGCGAUGAUCUAGGCGAUGAUGAAGGACGUUACGUCAUAUCCAAGGUUUACUACAAAGGACCAUGGGUCGAACGCCAGUUUAGGGAGGAAGAAUGGGCUGCAUACUUUAAUACGCCACAAGCUGCACCGAACGAACCAAACGCACCCAACGCAAUCAACCAAGCAAUUGAAAACAAUGACAAUGCAGGCCCUGACCAAAAUGUUUUGAAUGAGAUGCAUUACAAUCAGGCCUACAUCGAUAUGGAAGAUCAAGAUUUUGUAUACAAUGUGCUAGCCUCGUUCUUGAACUAA